GAUUUGUCCGGAGAAAGGUCUCAUUUUGUCAAUGAGUGACCGGCGCCAAUUCGGUUUUUGUCACGAUUUUGACCUCUUUUAUAUAAUAGAAGUUGAGGAGGAUCAACGAGACAACCGUGAAAUAAAAUCAAGAUGAAGGUGGUGGUAAGAGAAUCGACAAUGGUGAGACCCGCGGAGGGGACACCGGCGAUAAAGCUAUGGAACUCUUGCCUCGAUCUCACGGCCCCGAAUUUUCACAUACAACUAGUGUACUUUUACCGGCCCAAUGGUGCUGCCAACUUCUUUGAUACGAAAGUGAUGAAGGACGCUUUGAGCAGGGCGUUGGUUGCAUUUUACCCGAUGGCUGGGCGGUUUAAGCGAGGUGAAGAUGGUCGGAUUGAGGUUAACUGUCAAGGACAAGGUGCGUUGUUUUUGGAAGCCGAGUCCGAUGGGGAGAUCGAUGAUUUUGGUGACUUUGCGCCCAAAUUUGAGUUCUUGAAACUCGUCCCGGUGGUGGAUUACUCGCUGGGAAUUGAUUCCUAUCCUUUGUUGGUCGUACAGGUAACUUACUUCAAAUGUGGUGGGGUUUCGCUAGGUGUUGGCUUGCACCAUCGUGUCGUGGACGGUUUGUCCGCAAUGCAUUUCAUAAACACAUGGUCCGGUAUCGCUCGUGGCCUUGACAUCACUCUCCCACCUUUCAUAGACCGGACCCUCCUUCGCGCACAAGACCCACCACGGCCCACUUUUGUUCACGUCGAAUUUCACUCUGAUCCAGUAGUGAACGUGCCACUUCAUGUCUCGUCACAUGAAACCAAAACCGUCUGCUCGGUUUUCAAGUUAACACGCGACCAACUUGAUAUGCUCAAAACAAAAUCAAAGGAAGCUGAUGGUAACACUAACACAAUCAGCUACAGCUCUUUUGAAAUUCUCUCGGGCCAUGUUUGGAAGUGCGUGUGUAAAGCCCGUGGGCUGCCCAACUAUUUGGACACCAAACUCAAUAUCGCCGUAGAUGGGCGGGCCCGCUUUGAACCACCACUUCCACCGGGCUAUUUUGGGAAUGUUGUCUUCACAACCACUGCGAUAGCGACAGCAGGCGAAAUUCAGUUAAAACCUACCUGGCAAGCUGCAAGUAAAAUCCAUGAUGCGUUAGUGACGAUGAAUAACGAUUAUCUAAGAUCAGCAGUGGAUUAUCUGGAACAACAUCUUGAUCAAAAGCCUAUGGUUUCUUAUAAACACACGAAUCUUCGGAUAACAAGUUGGGCUAGGCUCCCAAUUCAAGACGCUGACUUUGGAUGGGGCCGGCCCAUCUACACUGGGCCUACUUGGAUCCCGUUAGAAGGGAUAUGUUUCGUGCUACCAAGCCCGAUAAAUGAUGGCAGCUUGUCGAUCAUCAUAGGGCUGGAAGCUGAGCAAAUAAAGCUUUUCAGCUCCUUCUUGUAUGAGAUUUGAAUGUAAUAAUUUGUGGCUUUUUUUAUUAAAAUCAUGGGUCUGUAUUGCUUCUGUUAUUAAAUAAUACAAGGUUCUGUGUUAAGUUG